AUGAGGCGCAACAAAAUACUGCUACUAUGUGUCCAGGAAACAAAAUUGAAAGGAAAUGACCAUGUAACAAUAAUGGAAGAAAACCCGCUAUUGGAAGUGAAAUGCAACAAUGAUCCUGAAGGAAAAGCAAAAAGUGGAAUAGCUUUCCUGUUAAAUAAAAAUAUAACAAGGAAUAAAGCAGUUACACAUGAUGUCAUAAUACCAGGUAGAGCGUCUCGGAUCAUAAUACAGCUUGGUCCAGAUGAAAGACUGAAUGUUGUGAAUAUCUACGCUCCCAACAUCGAAAAAGAAAAAGUAGCCUUCUAUAAAAAAUUGAAGAGCAAACUUUCUGAAAUGAAUGAUAUGGAGGAUAUGAUAAUGAUGGGAGACUUUAACAUGGUAAAUGAAUCUAUCGAUAGGCUCCCACAAAGAAAAGAUGAAGAAAGGGUAAUGUCCCCCAUAAACGCAAUAACAAGUAAAUACCAUCUAGUUGAUGGAUGGAGAAAAUACAAUGAUAAAAACCUGGACUACACCUUUACCAGUGCAAGUAACAGUAGUAGUGCAAGGAUAGAUAGGAUAUACGUCCCAACAAGUGAAGAAAAAUUUUUCAGUGAAUGGAAGAUUGAAUCAACGCUGGGAAUAUCCGAUCACAAGUUAAUAACCGUUUUCAAAAAUAAAGAAAACACUCCAUAUAUUGGGAAAGGAUUAUGGAGAAUGAACCACGAUUUAGUGGAAUAUGAACCCUUCAGAACUGAAGUGGGACCAAUAUUAAUGAAAUUAGAAGAAGAGUUGGACUCAACAGAAUUCAAUCAAAGUUCAUCACCCCAAUCCCUAUGGGUAAAGGCGAAAGAAAAAAUAGUAGAAGUUGCGAAAGAAAAAGAAAAGCAACGAAAAGCCCAAAUAAACAAAAAGAGAACAACUCUGAUGAAG